CGUGUCUGCACUGAUCUCUUUGAACUUGACGGACGCCAUUACCUCAUCAUGAUCGACAGUUAUUCCGGCUUCCCGUUCGCCAAACGUCUGUCCGGCCUUACUACGAAAAGCAUAGUCAAAGCCCUCAACGCCUGGUUCAUGGAUUGGGGCAACCCAAAGUUCAUCAGAUCUGACGGCGGCCCGCAAUUCCGCACAGAAUUCGAGACAUACUGCAUUUCAAACGAUAUCACGCACGAAACCAGUUCGCCAUAUCACAGCCGUUCCAAUGGAAUGGCAGAGUCCGGGGUCAAAAUCGUGAAGAGGCUCCUCCAAAAAUGCGAUGGCAAUUGGGACGAAUUCUUGAUUCGCUUGAGAGAGAUGCGGAACAUCCGAAGGUCCGACGGCAACUGCCCCGCGGAAAUGCUGAUCGGAAGAAGACAACGUUGCCUCCUACCCGCCUUGCCAAUCGACGACCUGAAAAAUACGGAGCCCGGUGCUGAAACGGAAGCGCGACGAGAAAGGAGAAGAGAGGAAGCACCAAAACGACAUACCCGACCAAAACUGAGGCCAUUAGCUUCCGGAGAAACAGUUGCGAUCCAGGACGUUCGCUCCAAGAAAUGGAAUCGAACUGGUACCGUCAUCUCGGAACGGAAGCACGGAGGGUCCUACUGGCUAGAGACGGAAGGUCAAUGGAGACUGCUCAGAAAUCGGCGAUUCCUAAAGCCCUUGAGGAAACCCAUCGACGAUCCAAACGAACGAAUCGCUUACAACCCCACCACGAACGUCGAAACGCCAGCAAUAAGAAAGAGCCCGAGAAGACGAAAAGAAGAAG